GCGUAAACAACACUACAGAAAGAAAAUGACGCACUGGUUUCAUCGCAACCCUUUGAAGGCUACAGCUCCCGUUUCAUUCAAUUUUUAUGGGGUAGCGACCACUCCAGCUGCAACAAAGGUUUGCAAUGAUUUGAGGUUAUCUCGAACGCGACUGUUGGAGCUGUUUACAGACUCGAGUUGUAAUCCAGAAAUGAUGAAGAAUGCAACUGACUUGUACUUCUCGCUCUUGCAAGGUUUCAUCGUUUCACUGGAUGACUCUUCCCAAGAAUGCAAGUUGCGCUAUAUUCAGAAUUUCAAGUGGACAGACACUUUACAAGGACAGGUUCCGAGUGCCCAGCAGGAUGCAGUGUUUGAACUGGUUUCCAUGGGAUUUAAUGUAGCUCUGUGGUACACAAAAUAUGCAUCAAGACUUGCUGGAAAAGAAGAUAUAACAGAAGAUGAAGCAAAAGAUGUUCACAGAAGCCUGAAGAUAGCAGCUGGGAUUUUUAAACACUUGAAGGAAAGUCACAUUCCAAGAUUGAUUACACCUGUAGAAAAGGGAAGAGAUUUAGAAGCUCGACUUAUAGACUCUUACAUCAUACAGUGCCAAGCUGAAGCUCAAGAAGUGACAAUUGCUCGGGCUAUUGAGCUGAAACACAAUCCAGGACUAAUAGCUGCUCUUGCUUAUGAAACAGCUAACUUCUACCAAAAAGCUGAUCAAACGUUAUCCAGUUUGGAUCCAACCUAUGCAGGUAAAUGGCGGAAGUACUUAAACUUGAAGACCUGUUUCUAUAUGGCCUAUGCAUACUGUUACCAUGGUCAGACUUUACUGGCGAGUGAUAAAUGCGGGGAAGCAAUCAGAUCUCUGCAGGAAUCAGAAAAAUUUUUUGCCAAGUCUGAAGCAUUGUGCAAAGAAUAUGGAGAAACCAAAGGACCUGGGACUACUGCCAAACCUUCUGGACAUCUCUUCUUUAGGAAAUUGGGAAGUUUGAUUAAGAACACCCUAGAAAAAUGUCAGAGAGAGAAUGGAUUCAUCUAUUUUCAGAAGGUGCCAGCAGAGGCUCCCCAGCUGGAACUGAAAGCAAACUAUGGCUUAGUAGAGCCUGUUCCUUUUGAAUUUCCUGCCUUGAACGCACACUGGACUCCUGAAACACUUGCAGCAUUUGAUCUCACCAAGAGGCCAAAGGAUGACACUGCUAAACCAAAACCAGAUGAAGAAGUAAAACCUCUGAAGGAACCAGAUAUAAAGCCUCAAAAAGACAGUGGAUGCCAGAUUUCUUAAGUGCCAUAAGUGCUUUGAAUUCACUUUAAAACUGUAUUGUUUGAACUUUGGGGCUUUAGUUCUGAUCUCCCUUUUCCUGAUUCUUAUUUUUUAAUUAGAAGACUAAGUUAAUUUACUUUUGUUAGUAUGGGUCUAUCUUGCUUGAGAAUGUGGUGGAUUUCUGGGAGUUUAUGUGACUUAUUUUUGGGUUUAGUGGGAUAUCAUAGAAUGAGUAGGCUGAAGUGUUCCUACUGUGCCUCUAGAGAGUUUCUUUUUGUGGGUAUAGUUUCUACCCACAAAUAGCAAAGGAAGUAUCAUGAUUGUAACACUUGAGGGUUUUUCCAUUAAAUUAUAUGCUAUAUAAUGUCAAAUUCUGCAAACAGAAGUUUGUAUGAACAGUUAUAUUUAUUCAGGUUUUGUCAUUCAGGCUUAACACCCUGUCGUGUUCCAAUUCACUAAAUUGUAGUGAGUGAAGAAAAUCUGGAUUUGGUUUGUAACGCUCCUAUGGUAUUUCACAGGACUUGGAAAACCUUAGGUUCUGCAUAAUUGGAGCACAAUUUGUAUUCUUCUG